GUUGAUGCGCUUGGCAACAUCACGACACUUGCUGACGCAGCAUUUUUUUAUAGGUGCCCGUAUCCGUUGUGAAUUCCCAGCUAUCAUGUAUACGUAUCUUAUCUUUCUGUGGGAGUUACAAUGAGAUAGCCACGCUCAGAAGUGGGUGCCCGUUCUUGUUUUCGGCUUACCUGUCUCCUUGUAGAAUUACAAGUUGCUUGCAAUGCCCGCCUCGAAGAACGUCAACCCUGCGCUCAAACCUGGCAAGAAGUCUGCGGAGCCCAACUAUGUGCUUGUCAUCCACGGCGGUGCUGGUACCAUGACACGGGAAGGCUCGACGCCUAAACAACGUGCCACGUACAGGGCUGCACUCUCACAGGCGUUGAAAGCGGGCUAUGAGGUACUCAAGAGCGGAGGAGAAGCUAUGGAUGCUGCGGUCGCGGCUGUCUCGGUUAUGGAAGACUGUCCGUUGUUUAACUCUGGGCAUGGCGCGGUCUUCAAUGUUGCAGGCAAGAUCGAGCUCGAGACUUCCCUGAUGGUCUCCAAGCCUCCAGCAUCACACCCUGCAAUGUCUUCCUCCCGACGUGGAUCCUCAGUUACGCUAGUCACUCACACCCGAAAUCCUUCUCACCUCGCGCGCGCACUCUACCUCGCACCCCAGCUUGCUCCUCACCCGAUGCUAUCUGGCGCGGCAGCAGAAGCCACAGGUGCUUUGCUUGGCGUACGUCAAGCUGAUCCAUCCUACUUCUGGACGGAGGCACGAUGGAAGGAACAUAGACGCGGCCUUGGAUUACCCGAAGAUCCCGUUGAAUACCCCAGACCCGACACAUCUCAUGAUACAGAUUCAGAGGUUACGGAUGUCGCCAGCUUUUCUGACGACAAACUUGAAGAUAAAGAGACCUGGGAGCCUCUUGAUUUGAUGCCAACGGGUACUGUUGGUGCGGUCGCACUUGAUAUCCGGGGCUGUAUUGCAGCGGUAACUUCUACUGGGGGACGUACGAACAAGCUUGUCGGCAGGGUUGGAGAUACCCCCGUAAUGGGAUCUGGCUUUUGGGCUGAAGAGUGGGAGAGAGACGGUGGAUUGCUGAAGCGUACUUGGGACCGCGUGAGAGGGAAAUCAAAAUAUGAGGGUGUAGGCGUUUCUGGUACUGGUGACGGAGAUUACUACAUUCGCCGUGCUGCAGCUUCCAACAUCGCUCGGCGCAUGCAAUACCUGGACGAGUCUCUGGACGAGGCGACUCAAAAUGUCAUCGACGAUUUAUUCAAGGAAGGUGGAAUAGGUGGUGUCAUUGCGCUGGACAGAGAUGGGAAUGUCGCUCUCCCAUUAAACUGCAGUGGCAUGUAUCGCGGUGUCAUUCGCCCUAAUGGCGUGCCGCUCACGGCUAUUUUCUUUGACGACCAACUUACUGAACUUUAAGCUGGGCGAACCAACAUUCAUCGCUGGUUCUCGAUCAGCAGUGAGUUUAGAUGGGACUCGACGACAUAUACCUACAGACGCGAUGAUUGAUUCACUCGAAAGGCAGAGUACUUGUGAGAUCUAGAAUUACAGCCCAACAUAUGGAAGACAGGACGGCCGCGCUCUCUUAGGCAUGUCACAAAUAUAUAUAAGGCAAUAGGACUCCGUG